AUGAUGGAACAAGCGCCCAUACAGGCGCAAAGCCCAUCACUCCUAAACAGGAAAAGAAUUGUUCAAAAAUCAAAUCCCCAUGAUGCCACGAUACUGCAACGAGUACACGCCAUCGGGCAAACCAGAAUCUGUAAACCCUUGUCCGCCAAUUCCUCAUCCAGAAGACCCUACGGAGAGCUGGGCCUUUCUUUCUCAUUAUACCACACCCAAAAUUCCAUUGGAAGUGCUGCAGAGUCAGGCUCUUGGGAGGGAUUAGCAAAUCUCCUCCGGCUUGCUAACCGUACGAAUGGAAGCGGUGGUGACAUCUCAUUCCAGAUUCUGUCUCAUGAAGGUUGGCUACCAUUUCUCGAGGUUGUUAUUGCUCGAAAGUGGGGGGAAUAUCAUCUAUGA